GUGUUCGGAAGCGGAAACACUGCGGGUUUCGUUUUAGUGCUUUCCAAUAAGUGUCACUGGCUCCCGACAGGGCUCAGACGUUUUCGGUAGAGAAUGUUUGCUUUCUCUUCUACGAAGAGGGUAGCACUGGUUUUGUGACGUAGUUUGUGCUUCUUUUGUUUUCAUCUCUUGCGUGUUGCUUUUUAAAUUAGUAAAGCAACGUUUUAACGACCUCUUCAAGUGCCCGAACACACUCACCCCGCACGCGCGUAUAGUGGAAUGUGCUUUUAUGCGGUGUUUUAACCAGAAGCCAAAAGACCAAGUGGAAAGGGGAAAAGAUCGCGAUCGUUCCUGUCAGUUGACCAUGUACAUUAAAUCUGGCCACCGUUUUCUCAGCGAUAAAGGUCAAAUCAUUUUCCCCGGACCACCGACCCGUUCGCCUGCGCUGUACUAUCAGACGAGCACCGUGCCCGCGACCACAACCAGCACGACGACCACGAUGGCUACCCCGCCCGGAGGUGUUAGUGAUGAGAAUGGAAACUACAUAGUGCCCGACAUGUGGCAGAGCAAAUCGACUACCGGAUCGGACAUGCUGUCGGAUAAGAUCCAGAUGUUCUACAUCUACAUCACCGUCACGAUUACGUCCGUCUUCAUUAUAGUUGUGCUCGGGAUUUUCGGCUACAUGUGCUACAAGAGGAAAGGAUUCCAAAACAUCGAUGGCCCACAGUCGCCCAUCGAAACUACGCGGCGAAGAAGCAGCACCCACCGAUCCACUCGAAGGUACUCGCGUAACAUGUCCAAGGAGAGGGAAGCCGCCGCUUCCGCCACUACCACCGAAGACAACCCGGGACAAACGUUGCUGCGGUAAACCAGGCGAUUAGGAAGCGAUUUUUCUAUUUGUUCAUAUUUUUACAAACGACGGUCGCCUUUUUCGCACAGCAGUUUCGUGCGAUGUAAAUUAUCUAGUUGAGGGACAAAUUAUACUAUUCUAGACGAUGCAAUAAAUUAGUGAUAUUUUACGCCAA